AUGCUCGCGCUAAUAGCGAUAAGCCUAGCGGCCCCUAAAUUACGGGCCUAUAUUAAGAGGAGCAACUACUACUCUAUUAACGGUAGCGAUUAUUUUCCUUAUAAUAAGGGGAGAGCGUAUGAGCGAGCUAUUUAUAGCUAUUGGUAUUAA